AUGAGUUAUUCUUCAUAUGGUGGUUAUCCUCCUGCCCCCGGAGGUUAUGGUUACCCACAAGCUGGUGGUUAUCCUCCCUCUGGUGGGGUUGGAAUGCCGACACCAGAAUCUGCAGCGGCAGCGGCAUAUGGACCAAGCGGUGCUGGCUUACCUUACGCACCCCAGCCAGGAGGCCUUGGUUUUAAUAUUGGUCAGUCAAUGUUUGGGAGUUACCCUUCACUUCCUUCAAUUGUUGUGCCAUAUCAGUAUAUCUCUGCCCAAUCUACAUACCCCUUUCAGCAGCCAGGUUACCCCUUACAGCCAGCAUACCCCCAGCAAGGCUAUAAUCCAGCACCUGCUGGGUACGGAGCACCCCAGUAUGGGCAGUCGCAGCCACCUUACGGAGGGGCCCCUGCAGCGGGCUACGGAGCACCCUCUCCUGGCUAUGGGGCUCCUUCAGCAGGAUAUGGAGCACCGCCAGUAUCUCAGCCUGGCUAUGGGGCACCCCCAGCUUCUCAGCCUGGAUAUGGGGCACCGCCAGCUUCUCAGCCCGGAUAUGGGGCACCGUCCGGAGGUUACGGGGCACCUGCUGGAGGAUAUGGUGCCCAGACAGCAGCGUAUGGGGCACCCCCUGCUGGUCAGUACGGAGGUUAUGGUGCACCAAGUUCUGGUAGCGCCGGCUAUGGAGGAGUUUCAAAUACGUCUUACAGAAUUUAUGAAGAAGGAACACUGAAGCCCUACCCACAUUUUAAUGUUGAACAGGAUGUCCAGGUGCUUAGGAAAGCUAUGAAGGGAUUUGGCACAGAUGAACAAGCCAUAAUUAGUAUUCUAGGCAAUCGCUCCAAUGAUCAGAGACAAAGAAUUAAACAGAUGUACAAAACUUGCUAUGGUCGAGAUCUGGUGAAUGAUCUCAAGAGUGAACUUGGUGGAAGAUUUGAAGAUGCUGCAGUUGCUCUCAUGAUGAGGCCAGAUGAGUUUGAUGCUUAUGAGUUGAGAAGAGCAAUGCGGGGAGCAGGAACAGAUGAGGCAGCCUUGAUAGAAAUACUAUGCACUAGGACAAAUGCUCAGAUUCAUGCUCUAACAGCCGCAUACAAAAAUAUGUAUGGUCGCAAGCUGGAGGAAGACAUCAUCAGUGAAACAUCAGGACACUUUAGAAAGUUACUGGUCUCCAUGUCUGUGGGAGGCAGACAGGAAAACCUGCCAGUUGACAUUAACAAAGCCAGGGCUGAUGCUCAGAGGCUGUACCAGGAUGGUCAGAGAAGGUGGGGGACAGAUGAAAACACUUUCAAUAUGAUUCUAGCUUCUCAGAGCUAUGAACAGUUGCGGGCUGUGUUUGACGAGUAUGGCCGUGUCGCUAAUCAUGACAUUGAACAGGCUAUCAAGAGUGAAAUGUCAGGUGAUCUCAGCACUGGCAUGUUAACAAUUGUGCGUAUGAUCAGAAACAAACAUGGCUACUUCGCAGAAAGGCUUUAUCAAUCAAUGAAGGGCUUGGGUACAGAUGACCGGACUCUGAUUCGCAUUGUGGUGUCCAGAUGUGAGGUGGACAUGAAGCAGAUUAAAGCAGAGUUCCAGAGAAGAUAUGGACAGUCUCUGGAAGCCUUUGUCAGAGAUGACAUUUCUGGUGACUAUCGCCGUCUGAUACAAGUUUUGAUAACCGACCACUAA